CGAGUGCCGGCUGGAGUGGGAACCUGGUCCCUGCGAGCGGCGCGAACGCGCGAUGACCACGUGGAGUGCCCCGCGGAGGCCCUGCCGCGCGCUGGGACUCCUGCUGCUGGUGGUCCUGGGUUUCCUGGUGCUCCGCAGGCUGCACUGGCCCCGCCUGCUCUCUCCCUGGCUGAGACACCGGCAGUCCGGGCUGCACACCAAGGGCCAGAACUUCAUGCUGGAGGACUCCACCUUCUGGAUCUUCGGGGGCUCCGUGCACUAUUUCCGUGUGCCCAAGGCGUACUGGAGGGACCGCUUGCUGAAGAUGAAAGCCUGUGGCUUGAACACCCUCACCACCUACGUCCCCUGGAACCUCCAUGAGCCACAGAGAGGCACAUUUGACUUCUCCGGGAACCUGGACCUGGAGGCCUUUGUCCGGAUGGCCGCGGAGGUCGGGCUGUGGGUGAUCCUGCGUCCAGGCCCCUACAUCUGCAGCGAGAUCGACCUUGGCGGCCUGCCCAGCUGGCUGCUCCGAGACUCUGGCAUGAGGCUGAGAACGACGUACAAGGGCUUCACCGAAGCAGUGGACCUUUAUUUUGACCACCUGAUGUCCAGGGUGGUGCCGCUCCAGUACAAGCACGGGGGACCCAUCAUCGCUGUGCAGGUGGAGAAUGAGUACGGCUCCUACAACAAAGACCCCGCCUACCUGCCGUACGUCAAGAAAGCCUUGGAGGACCGAGGGAUUGUGGAGCUGCUCUUGACCUCAGACAACAAGGACGGCCUGAGCAACGGGGUCAUCGACGGAGUGCUGGCCACCAUCAACCUACAGUCGCAACACGACCUGCAGUUACUGACCAUCUUCCUCCUCAGUGUCCAGGGAGUUCAGCCCAAGAUGGUGAUGGAGUACUGGACGGGGUGGUUUGACUCCUGGGGGGGCCCCCACAACAUCCUGGAUGCUUCCGAGGUUUUAAAAACCGUGUCGGCCAUCAUCGACGCCGGCUCUUCCAUCAACCUCUACAUGUUCCACGGAGGCACCAACUUCGGCUUCAUCAACGGAGCCAUGCACUUCCAUGACUAUAAGUCCGACGUCACCAGCUACGACUAUGACGCGGUGCUGACCGAGGCCGGGGACUACACAGCCAAGUACGUCAAGCUCCGAGAGUUCUUCGGCUCCAUCUCAGGCAGCCCUCUGCCUCCCCCACCCGAGCUCCUUCCCAAGACGGCGUACGAGUCCCUGCGGCCGGCGCUGUACCUGUCGCUGUGGGAUGCCCUCCAGUACAUGGAGCCGCCAACCAUCUCUGAAAAGCCUGUCAACAUGGAGAACCUGCCAGUGAACAAUGGGAAUGGCCAGUCCUUCGGGUACACCCUGUACGAGACCACCAUCGGCUCACCUGGCGUCCUCAGGGGUCUCGUGCGUGACCGGGGACAGGUGUUUGUGAACACAGUGUUCAUUGGCUUCUUGGACUAUGAGCGGAAGGACAUCGUCAUCCCCUUAAUCCAGGGCUACACCGUGCUGAGGAUCCUGGUGGAGAACUGCGGGCGCGUCAACUACGGGCAUAAUAUCGAUGAGCAGCGCAAAGGCUUAAUUGGAAAUAUCUACCUGAAUAAUUCUCCCCUGAAAAACUUCAGAAUCUAUAGCCUGGACAUGAAAAAGAGCUUCUUUCAGAGAUUCAGCUCCAGCACGUGGAACCUGGUCCCCGAAACACCUGUGCUCCCCGCUUUUUUCCUGGGCGCCUUGCCUGUGGCCCUUUCCCCCUUGGACACCUUCAUGAAGCUAGAGGGCUGGGAGAAGGGGGUUGUCUUCAUCAACGGCCAAAACCUGGGGCGCUACUGGAACAUCGGACCGCAGGAGACACUCUACCUCCCAGGCGCCUGGUUGGACCAAGGCAUCAACCAGGUCAUUGUUUUCGAGGAGAGGGCGGCAGGCCCUGUGAUACAGUUCACCGAAACACCCCACCUGGGCAGGAACCAGUACAUUCACUGAGCCGUGUGGCGGGAAGCGGGGGGCGCCCGUCCUCACGGCUGCCUGGAGGUCUGAUGGGCUGCCCCCCAGGCCCAUGCCGGGGGAGCCCAUCGGAAGCAUUUCCUCCGGGAGCCGAGGGCUGUACCUCUGCCCACUGCUGUGGUUCAAGACCCCGAACCUGCUGAAGAAGGGGGGGCUGUUUAGGGGGGGACACCCUUCUCACCUGAGGGGGUUCUUGACUGGGCUCUGUGGAUGGCACUGUCCUCCUCCCUCUCUCCAGGGAGAGGGCAGAGGGAUGGAUGUCUGGGGUGAGUGUGUCUGGUCGGGUCUCCAUGUGGUAACACCUGGGCCUGGGGAAGGCCUGGCUGCUGGGCGUGGCUGCUGCACCCAGCUGUGCCCUGCGAACGUUCUCGCCGGCCUGGCCCAUCCCUCGGGGCCCCUUUCCGUUUCUGAAAUAGAGGCCUUGGCCCCAUCGGUAGAGGGUAGUGAAGAGGUGUCUCCUGAGUCGAUUGUUGUUUCUUUUUUCUUAAAAAAUAUUUUUAUUGAUUUCAGAGAGAGAGAAACAUCAAUGAUGAGAGAAUCAUUGAUCGGCUGCCUCCUGCACGCCCCCUACUGGGGAUUGAGCCUGCAGCCCGGGCAUGUGCCCUUGACCAGAAUCGAACCCGGGACCCUUCAGUCCACAGGCCGACGCUCUAUCCACGGAGCCAAACCAGCUGGGGCGGCGGUUGUUUCUUCACAGCCCUCCCUGCGCCUUCCCUGGGAUCCUGGAAGGAACCCUGUUUGAGAGAGACACGUUUCCUUCCUUCCUGCCCACUGUAAACGCAUCCGACAGGAUGGCAGGCCGGGCUGAAGAGAAACGGACAUCUCAGCCCCUUGUUCUCCUGAAACGGGGAGCAGGUCCCGUUUCACUCAGUGACAGGAGGGGACUGUGGGUCCCAGCAGGAACCCACUCCUCUGGGAGGCACAGGGGGAAAGGGCAGAGGGCCCAGCUCCAGGGCGUGGCUGGGGGCGGGGGAUGAGGAUCGCCUCUCGGGAAUGUUGGGUACCAGGCCUCAGGCAGACCUUGCCGCCGGCUCAGUCUCCCCCGGUCGCCUCCUGUGACGAAGCUGCAGGGAGGAGAGGCAGGCUUCCUCGCAGUUGUCUGUCUGUCCGCAAUGCAGGCACUUGCUCUGGGGCCGGGCUCACUGUCAUGAGUUGCAAUAAAGCCGUAGAGUUGAACCCUCGGUGCUGGUGGUUCUCUGACCCCGUCCGUGCUGCUGUCAGCCGGAGGCAAAGGCAGCGUGCAGCCGGGCACAGGUGCACGCAACCCCGGCCGGCACUCAGCAUCCGCACUGACUCCUUACACCACCUCCUGAUUGGCUGUGCCUCGCAAACACCCCCAGAACCCAACUACCCUCCACCCCACCGCUGGCACUUCCCUCCAUCUCACCAGCUCCUGGACCUGGCUCAUUGCCCAGCCUCCCCCAGCCCGCCCUCACUUCUCUGCUUCUCGUCAGCACAGACGUGGAGCGGUUCUUCUAAAAGGCCAUGAGGCCAUGUCUGUCCUCUGCUCCAGACCCUCCAGUGGCUUCCCUCUUCACUCACAGUAGAAGCCAAAAACAUCACCCUGGUUCCCAGGACCAACCAACACGUCCUGCCCGUCCCAUCGCCCACCACCGACCCCUCCCACCUUCCCAGUCGGUUUCAGUCACGUUGGCUUUGUUGCUGGUUUUUAAACUUGCUAAGCUCUCUCCUACCAGUGACAGGGGUCUCUGUUCUGGAAGGCUCUGGCCAGACAACGGCACGUCUGCAUGCUGCUCUUCUGCUCAGAUGUCACCUUAUCUGGGGGGCCUUUCUGACCACCCUGUGUGGGGCUCAGGUCUCCCCCACAGCGGCCCUCUGUGCCCCCCACUCGGCCUCAUGCUUGUCCUCAGACCAGAUCGCAUCUGAAAUGCUGUCC